CGUGCUACGGCCGAUGAGGCCACACUCCGUGUUAUGCGCGCAUUCGAAAGCACCUUCGGCUACCGUGGCACGCGUAAACCACCCGGAAACUCUUCCCUCCGCUGUCUUCCGUCGUCGACGCACGAAUGAAGGCGGACAGCUAGGGCCAAACGAUGCGAAUCACUGACCCUCCCCCAAUACGCCCUGGAUCUCAGCCUUCUUCCACCCCGUCCUGCGUGCUUUCGCUGCCGAAUGUGCACACGCUUCGCCACGAGGGCGACGAGCGCACCCGUAUCGCGGAAGUAAAGAUACGGACCAGAAAACACCUACCGUGCUCCCUCUCUUCGCUCCAAGCUGCAUUGCAGGACGUGUGAUGCCGAUAGGUAUGCGACGCGCUGACGUCACAACAAUCAGGACACACCGUCCAUCGUCCACCACCUGCGGCAUCGCUGCCCGUAUAGAUGGCUUGUUCUCAACUCACGCGGUACUCUCGACGCGUUUUUACGCGUCUCCGUGGUGCGUUAGCAUGCUGCAAUACCUCUUCUGCGUGAAACGACACCAAGGAUGCUAAAUUAACGCGUUGGUGGGCAAGCGAACAUCUGAUCCGUGACUUAGCACAUGAGGAAACGACUGCGCUGCAGAAUUUGACCUGAAGCGAAGCAUCGAACACAGGUCAACGCCAUCAUGACGAGCUAGCGACAGGCAGAAUAUAUGGUAGUCGUUAGUAGCGUCUAGUAGAAGGUUCAUACGCGAGGAAGUCCCUAUAACAUACUGCUGUCUACCUCAACACAGACCAGGUUAUCCGCCUUCAAAUACCAACC